AUGGAGUGUUUGCAUGGAUUGCCAGCGUCCGCGGUUUCUACAAAAAAUGGAAAAUUUUGGCUUUGCAACAGAAAUAAUCCCAAGAGUUGUGAAUUCUUCUGCCCUGAUCAAGACCGCUCGUUGUUCGAAACGGCCAUGGCAAUGUGGAGAGCGAAUGGCCCAAUUCAUCCGGUGUGUGAUACUCACCAAAGGCUAGCAAGAAUGAAAGUCGUCAAAGACGUUAGUAAACUGAACUUUGGAAGGCCGUUUUUUGUUUGUUGCGACCGCGAGAAUCCAUGUAAGUUCUGGCAGUGGGCUGACAGACACGAGUUGCCAAAACCAAAAUGCAGACACGGAUUGAAUGCUUGCGUACGGAAAGUCAAAAAGGAAGGAGAAAAUCAAGGUCGCCUUUUCUUUUGUUGUCCAAACGAGCGAGAAAAGUCGUGCGGAUUUUUUGAAUGGAAACUCGAUCUGGAAAACCCGUUCAACCAAGUUCAUUUUCCUCACGUUGAAAGAGUUGGUAUAUUGCAGAGUAAUCCUGCGCUGUACACAUACAUGGUAGCUGAAACUGGACUUACCUUUACCAGCGCACGGGAAAAUCCACACGAUGCCUACGCCGAAUAUAUUGGGGAAUUGCCUAUUUUCUCACCAACGGGGGAUAUGGAGCAACUGUCACUGAUAGACUAUUAG